AUGGCGCCGCUGCCAGAUAGCCGCAGCAUCAGAAGCUAUCUAAACACAUUCCUCAAGCGCACUCCAUUACCAACCACCCCAUCCGUAUCACCCAAACUCGCCCGGCUUGCCGCACGAGCAGAGAACCUCGUCCGCCGGAAUGUCGAUCCAGGUGCAGGCGUAACCCCACCAACCUCCAUCCCCAACAACGCAAUCUUUGCCUUGUUUGGUAUAAUCGGUGUCGGCCUCGUCGUCACAGGAAUAUGGUUCUUCUUCUGGGCUAAGAACGGUGGAUUUUACUUCAAGGAGAACGAUUGGGAUGAUUACAAGAGUACUGUUCUAAGGCGGAAGGGGCCUAACGGCACGACGCUUAGUGGUGCGACCGAGAGUACGGAUUUGGGAGGGGGAAGUGUCGUGCAUGGGGAGAAUGACGAGAAAAGGAGCAUGUGGGGACGUCGGAAGAAGGGUGGGAAGGGGAGGGGAAAACGUUAUAAGGAUUUUGAUGAGGAGAGCAGUGAGAUGACUGGGAGCGCUUUAGGCACUGAGACGGUGGUUACCGAAACGAAGUCGAGGUGGAAGCUUGGUAGGAAGGAUAAGAAGAAGAAGCAGGGCCGUCUCCGGGGCGGCGAUUUGGCUAGUGAGAUGACGGAGAAUACGGAGAUGAUUCAAGAGGAGGAGGUCCUUCCUUCUGUCGAGGAUGCCAUGAGGGCUUAUCGCCAUGAGAGACCUGCUCGUGUUGGCGGGAUCAACAAGGAAUCUGAUGGAAGUGCAUGGGACGGUUCCACCAACGACAAUUCUACCUCAGCUGCUAGCGACCUUCUUUCCAACCGCGAAAGGACCCCCACAACUACCCCUACUAAAAUUAAAAAACAACGCAAUGAUACGUAUACCGGCGGAACGGGUGGCAUUCGCAAGGUCGUCAGCACCAGUGCCGGCGGUAGCGGGGGCAGUAACUUCUGGAGCCGUGCGUCAGGCGGCACAUCAACAGUGGAGGACGAGAAUCAUAUUAAAUCCGAAGCCAGAAAGUUGCAGGAGAAAGGUCGUGCAGCCCAGCGCCGUGACUUUAGUUUCAAGGUUGGCGAUGAUAGUACCGUCGAUGGAUCCUUGGCAGAGGAGAGAAGGAUCAGGAGAGAGGAGCGGGAGAUGAGACGUGCUAGCCGUAGCCCUACAAAGAAGCCCCCUGGAGGCUAUUAUGCUGAGUCGGACAUCGGCAGUGCCGUUAGCAGCGAUGUGGGCACGAAGAGUUAUCAUCACCCCAUUCCUGGCUUGAGCAGUACCGCCGGGAGCGAAUAUGCGGAUGAGAGGAGGAAGAAGCGUGCCGGUGGUGGCGGUUAUCGACGUGGUAGGAGGGAUAGCUUGAGUGAUGACGGAAACUAA